AGAAAUUUUAAUGAAUAAUGGCACAGCUGUAGAUGCGGCCAUUGCUGCCCUAUUCUGCAAUGGAAUUGUGAAUGGCCAUAGUAUGGGUCUGGGAGGUGGAUUCCAAAUGGUCAUUUAUUCUGCCAAGGAAAAGAAAGCCCAUGUUUUGGAUGCAAGAGAAGCUGCACCUCUAUCAUCUCACCCCAAUAUGUUUACGUCUAAAGAAGAAGCCCGAACUGGACCUAGAGCUGCUUGUGUACCUGGAGAGCUUCGAGGAUACUGGGAAGCUCAUAAAAGGUUUGGAAGGCUGGAGUGGGCUGAACUAAUUGCACCAAGCAUAAAAAUUUGCCGCAAUGGCUAUGCAAUGACAAUGCAUCAGUACAUGUCUCUAUCAAGAAACAAACUAGUGAAAGUUGACUCCACAUUACGGGAAACAUUUAUUGACCCAAAUACAGGAGAAUUUCGUCGAGCAGGAACACUUAUAAAGCUGAAUAGACUGUGUGAUACUCUUCAAACAAUUGCUGAUGAAGGUGGAGAUGUAUUGUAUAAUGGUACACUAGCAAAUGUUUUUGCCCGUGACUUGGUAGAUCUUGGAAGUCUUAUCACAAGAGAGGAUUUGAAAAUAUACCAGCCACGGUGGCGUGAACCAGUAACUGUAGAGCUACAAAAUGGUAUUAAAUUUCACAGUGUGCCACCACCUGGAAGUGGUGCUUUACUUGCUUUUGUCUUAAGUUUUUUAGAUGGUUAUGGGUUCAACAGCAGAAGUACGGCUGAUGUUCCAUCAGCCGUCACAACUUAUCAUCGUAUAGUAGAGGCAUUUAAAUAUGCAUAUGGCUUUAGGACCAAGCUGGGUGAUCCUGAUUUUGUUGAUGUUAGAAAGGAAUUAGAACUUUUGACAAGCCGCAGGUAUGCUGAUGAGCUCCGUAGAAACACAAUGGAUAAUUUCACAAGCUUAGAUGCUUCAAAGUAUGGAGGUGUUUUCUUUAAUCCUCCAGAUGCUGGAACAGCUCAUGUUUCUGUUAUUUCUGAAGAAGGUGAUGCAGUAUCUGUUACCAGCACCAUUGAUAUAUACUUUGGUGCUGGGGUAACUUCUCCCCAAACAGGCAUUACAUUGAGCUCAGGCAUGGACGACUUUUCCUGGGAAAAAUUUAAAAACUAUUUUGGCCUUCCCGGGUCGCCCUCAAAUGCAGUUGCUCCGCAGAAACGACCAUUGUCCUCAAUGUCUCCAUCUAUUUUGGUCGAUAGAAAUGAUGAAGUGCGUCUGGUUGUGGGAGCCUCUGGAGGAACUAAAAUUCCAACGGCUAUUGCAAAUGUCAUCAUAAGACAUUUAUGGUUUGAGGAAUCCAUUAAGGAAGCUGUGGAUGCCCCUAGAUUCCAUCACCAACUGCUCCCAAUGGAAAUAUCAUAUGAAUUUGGGACUCUUGAUCAAAUUGUGAAAGGGCUGGAGAAGAUUGGCCAUAAGACAUCAAGAUAUCGUGCUGCAUCAUCUGUAGCAUGUGCGAUAAGCAAAUUCAACAACACUAUUACUGCAAAUGCAGAUUUUAGGAAAGGUGGAGAGGUGUUUGGAUACUGAUACCAAGGAAAAACUUGUUUACCUCGUUGAUAAAUCAAAACAGAAAAUACAAUGGGGAUCAGCCGGUUGUGCGCUGCUCGGAUAGAGAUGCAAGGCUGAGAAGCAUGCCUGAUUUGAACAUGAACAAGCCUCAUGAGCGAUGAUAUUCAAGAUUAGCCACACAAACACAGGACCAGUUAAGUUGGCACAAGCCUUACGGCCCGUCCAUCAGGCUCGCGUCCCCAGCCGCCCUUAUCGUCGUGACACUGCCAACAGUGUGUCCAGGGGCUCCGUUAACUACCAAACAAAAACAUUUCAAAUGAGUCGUUGACCCCUUCCUGGAGCACUUGCUCGCACCCGUAACUAAUGCUCAAUGAC